GUGAUAUACCUGGUGCGAGUUUACCAGUGUUUCUACGAGAUUGUAAUGACGUGUGCUGAAACUGCAGUUAACUCACAUGAUCAGGCGAAUGUAGAGAGGUGGAAAACAUUGUUUUAAUCCUUAAUUUUGAUGGAUAUUUAGAUUCUGUGCACGGAUAGUUUAACGAUAUUGUCAGCGAAAUUGCGAUUCCAAACGUGUGGCUGAUACGUUGAAUUCGGUGAAACAGUUUUGGGGUUCUAAACAGUUCACGUACAUGUAUGCAUUAAAAGUGUGACCAAAACGGACAUCACAGUGAAAAGUUUUGUUAAAAGUGUCGGAACCGGAAACAAUUUACGGUCCUUGUAACGUUUUCAAGUAAACUGAAGUGUAUGCAGUGAAAUCGUGCAUUCGGGCGACGCUUGUUGUGUGAGAAGCCAGGAAGUUUGCGGUGCAGGUACUUGGGACGCCGUCAAUUAGCGAGCUAAUUGACCACAUAUUGGUUUCAGUUACUACGUAUUUACGGAUAGACGCGGCAUACAAUACAAUAAUCAGUCAUUUGCAAGAGAAAUUCGCAUACAAACACACGGACAUAAAUCGGGUUUAGUUCGACGGACAGUACGGCGAUUAAUUGUUUGCUGGUGCGUUUUGUUGUGUUUCAAAGCAAUUAAUAACAUAAAUAAUUAAUAUAGACAUUCGGAUCAUUUAAGAAGUUCACGAGGCAAACAUGUUGCGAAUCCUUGUAUUCGUCCUAGCAAGUGCGACCCUGAAUAGUGUUGACAGUCGUUCCCGGAAGGGAGAAAUCGAAACGACCACAGAAAAUUGCGACUACAGCCGCUGCAUCAUGGACGUAACCGGUAGCGUCUGCAGCGACCACGGCACGUGCAAUUGUGAGCACUGCGAGUGCGAUGACCCUUACAUAGGACGGUACUGCGAGCAGAUGGGCUCAGGGUCCCGAGGAGAUUGCGAUCCGAAAAAAUGCAUGGGUGAAGAUGGAGACAUUUGCAACAACCAGGGAACGUGUAACUGCGACAGGUGCGAGUGUGGAGACUCGUUCUCAGGGCCCAAAUGCGAGGUAGCCAUUGAGGAUUUGGAAAGCGUUUGCAAACAGGGUUGGAAUUGCAGGUUGUGCAAUAGAGCAGCCAGGGACCCUGGUGGCUUCUGUCGAUACUGUGAGACAGUGGAAAAAGUGCGCGUAGUUCAGGUUAGGGACGUAUUGGAUCUACUCGAACUGAAAGGAUCGCACUGUACGUUCACUGAUGAACACUCUUGUUUACAUAACUAUAGAGUGUCGUCCCCUGACGUUAACGGAACGCGCGUGGUAUACUUCCCUCAGCUUUCGAUGUGUGACGAUGUGGAAUCGUCAACGGAAUACAGCGUGGAGCGCCGGAAGUCCCACCGCGGAGAUUCUCCAAUUGAACCGGAAACUGACUCAAGUUCUGCGCUUUCGGAUAGUGAUAAUGAUGAUUCUGGUGCCAUUGUCGGUUAUAGCGGCCAUUUGAUGUUGAUUCCAAUUUUGUCCUUAUUAACGAUAUAUUGCAGAAUUGGGACUACGACGUUCUGAUUAUUUAAAUCAAACUCGCGGCAUAGUAUUACUAUUUAUAUAGACAUUUAGUUUCGUCCCAAGUUGCUUACGGUUGGGACUCUAAUAUGGGCGAUUUAUUUAUUUCAAUAAUUCCACAUGAUAAUGGCUCCGUAUUCUCGAUGCUUAUGAUUAGUUUCACGCAAAAAUGUGAUGGGAAAUUCAAAGUUUUCAAAAAUAAAUACAUUCGGUCAAAUAUUAAAAUUAGCAGUAUGGGGGGGGGGUAAGUUGGAACUUACUUCGAAGAUGGCGUCGUUGUCGUGUUUUAUGUUAAGGAGUAGCGGAUAUUUUCACCCGGUAAACCACUUUAUAUUUAUAUUUCUUUACAAUCAUUACGCCAUCUUUAAACUUAAGGAAAAUACGUGGAUCCAUAAAAAUCAUUCAAUCUACGGCUACGUCAUGUUUAUAUUCUGUUUUUCAGCAAGUAUACACAGACAGUGCAAAAAAGGUUAAAACUGAAUCAUUGUAUAAUAGAAAACAUUUAAUUUCACACAGAAAUGGGAAAUUCAAAUUAUUCAAAAGUAAAAGCAUUAGGUCAAAGAUUUUCGUUAGGGGCUACGCCAGUACCUGCAAGAUUGCUACGUCACGGAACAAUGACCUGUAUAUGCCUUAAAGGGGCCGUCCAACAGAUUUCACGUUUUGGUAAAUUGACAAAAUUAAAAAAAGUUGUUUCAGAUUCGCAAAUUUUCGUUUUAGUUAUGAUAUUUUUGAGGAAAUAGUAAUACUGACCAUUUAGCAUGCUCUUAAAUAUCUAUUACAUGUAUAUUUUGAUGAAUUGAAAAAUUAUAAAGAGUCGUGCGACGCGAAACGAUUGAAUAAUUUGGAAAGUUCUGUUGUUGUCGUUUUGUUUUGGGAUACUACGAGGAUUGCUUAUAGAGGUAAAAAAUACAUCCGCUCUAAGUAUGAGCAUGGAUGAUCGAGUGGUCUAGGCGGGAGACUUUUUACUCCAGGGGGCCGUUUCUGGUACAAUGCGUAACUUUACGGACGAAAAUGUACGUACGUAUAAAGUAACGUGCGCUUUUCUGAAUGCGUAAGUGCGUUUCUAUAAACCGAACGUAGCGUAAAACUUAGUUGCUAUGUUUGAAAAAUCUCUAAACAGAAGUCCGGUGAUUGCGCGGACCUUAUAGAGAACAUUUGAAGAAAUUCAUAAAGUAGAUUUAAUUUGCUUUCUCGAACAGACUUUCGGUAGACUUAAUACAUUUAUCCUUAAGAAGUACAUUAUAAAGAGCAAAAUUCUUUCCCUUGUUUGCGAAAUUGCGACGAAAAAAUGGGUCAACUGUAAAAAAAGUUCAAUCUGUUGAUUCUUUUAAAAUUAAGUCUGACCAUUCUUUGUUGAGCUGGAUAUGCUCUUUGUUAAAACAGAAGAGAUGAUUCUUACUGAAGCAAAUCUUUUACGAAGGUUAGUCAGAUAUAUUUCAAACUGGAAUCGCUGGAGCAAACUGGAAAAAAAUGGAUGGAUAAUACUGAGAAGACAGUCAUGUGUAUUGUAGCUUACACAUCUGAAUUUACAGAAACAUAAUCAAGGA